AUGAACAUCAAGAAUCUUUUAGAAGAUUCUUCUGAAUUUUCUAAUCAAGAUGAUACAGACGUUGAUCCAGAUUUUUCGUUACCAAUAAUUUCUGUUUAUGACGUUUAUGGGUACAUGUGUACAGCUCAAAAAUAUAAAGAACAGAUUAUACGUCAGAGGUAUCUAUCAACUGGUAUGACGUUUACUGCGUUACAUUUUGAAUUUAAAAUAGGCAAAAGUACCGUCGGUGAAAUAGUACGUGAAACUUGUGUAGUAAUAUGGAACGUGUUGCGAAACGAAGAAAUGCCUGAACCCACUACUGAACAUUGGUUGGAAAUAUCAAAUAAAUUUUAUUCAAAAACCAACUUUCCCAACUGUCUUGGUGCUGUAGAUGGGAAACACAUUCGUAUUCAAAAUCCAAAAAACACAGAUUCACUGUUUUUUAACUACAAAAAAUAUUUUUCGAUAAUUUUAAUGGCAGUAGUUGAUGCCAAUUUGAGUUUUGUUUACAUCGAUGUAGGAUCACGUUACGGUUUGUACGGCAAAGAAUCAGAUUCUAAUAUUUUCAAGCAAAGUUCUUUUGGGAAAAAGUUGUAUUCGAAUGCCUUAAAUAUUCCUGAUCGUAAAAGUUUUCCUAGUUCUCAAGGUUCACCACAACCUUAUGUUUUUGUUGGUGAUGAGGCAUUUGCUCUUCACGCAAAUCUAUUAAGACCGUAUCCACAACGAGGGCUUAACGACAAACGAACAAUAUUUAAUUAUCGUUUGUCCAGAGCUAGACGUACGGUAGAAUGUGCUUUUGGAGUACUUGCUAACAAAUGGCGAAUAUUUCAUACUACUAUUUUAGUAAGUCCCGAAUUUGUCGACGAUAUAAUUAAAUCCUGCUGUGUUUUACAUAACUUUGUCCGAAAAAGAGAUGGAUAUAAUUAUGAAGAUAUGGAAAGUGAAUGCCACUUAGAUGACAUCGAGGUAAUAGGAACGGGUUCUCGGACCAAUGGAAUUGAAGUAAGAGAAGCCUUUGCAGAAUAUUUUGUAAAUGAAGGUGCCGUACCAUUUCAAAAUCGUGUUCUUUAA